AUGAAUGGAUUGCUUCGUCUUAAUUUAACAAAUGAACAAGCAAGUCAAAUAAAAAUUCCUUUUGUACAAAUUGCUGGAACCAAUGUUCAGAUGCUAUUAGAAGUGUUGCUCAAUGGAUUUUAUUUAAUGGUGCCUAGUCCAAAAUUUCAGAUCCCAACUAAAAUAGAUCAAAUAGUCAAGUUAAGGCAAACUGUAAGGAUUGUUCAACAUGUUAUGGUUGUUCGAGAACUUCUAGACCCUUAA